GAAUUAUUGCUGGAAUAUAUUUUGAUACCCGAUGAGUGGAUCCCAAUGGCGUAUGCUCGGCUGUCGGAACUCACCGCUCAAGAGAUACCAGUAAGUAUUCUAUUUCGUCUCUGAGUUCUUUCCUGGUGACGGUUUGCGUUUAAUCUGUACGUUACCGAAGCGAGUUUAUAUUAAUCUUUACUUAACGUUCUACUCCACAGAUUGAAAUCAAUCAGGACACGGGUAGUGAUGAAGUCAACGAUCUACACAGCGAUACGGUAAGUUUUGAAAAACGACCUUGAGUAAUUUAAAGUUAAACGACCUUGAGUAGUUUUCUGUAACCGAGUUUUCACGCAUCAUUUAUGUUCGUUAUGUUAAUAGACUCGACCUGGGUUAGAUUUGCAUCUGACGUGUAUCUUUUGUUAAUGAAACAAAAGGACUUUUAAACUCGAUUUGUUUCAACUUUUUGUAGACAGUUGUCAUAUAAUACUCAUCGAAUAUGUUUCCUUGCUUUACAGUUUACAACUGAAGAAAUGCAGGCCGUAAAUGAGAUGGAACGUAUGGCGCUA